UUAAAGUUUCAUUGAGGUUUCACCCGUACGCCACUGGGUGAAGGUGUCAAACAUGGCGAUGGAAAAUUACGUGUUUGGGAAAAAUUGUGAAAAAUGUGCUAAAUUAUCGUGAAAAUCUCCGAGGAAAUUGUAAAUAGGUGUAAUGUCGAGGAAGCAGGAAGACGUUCUCGAUAGUUGGGAAGAGAUUGAUGAAGCGGAAGUGAGUGAAAAGUUGACGGCAAAGAUAAAUAAAAUGCGGGAGCAUAGUUCCAAAGAGAAGAAUAGCAGAACAAUGAUAUUGCAGGAUGAUCCACGGAGUCAUUUUGGCCCCUAUGGGCCACAGGAGCCAACACUGAAGAUUCUCAAGAGACCACAGGAGACAGAAGGACGCGGGGUGGGUGAUAAUCGCCCCAAGGCACCUGUGAAGAGUCUCCAGCAGCGUGAACAGGAGUAUGCCGAAGCGAGAUUGAGGAUUUUGGGGGCAGCCAAGAGUCCGGAAGAGGAACAAAACACUGUGAUGAGGCGCACGAGUGAGGGUGGGAGCUCAACAAGUCGCCAAAUGAUGUCCGGAAAGACUCCCGAUGGACUGAUUCGACUACCCCGUGGCCCCGAUGGGACGUCCGGAUUCACCCUGAAACGGUAGCAAUGUCACAAGAAGCCUCCACAGUACGCGGAUGAUUCAGCCACACGGAGCGGAAGGAGAUUUUUUAUUACCUUUUGGGGGCACCUCAAAUCGAGUCUAUUUUGACGAAACAUCCCUCUGGUGGCGAGUCCCCCGAAACAAUGUGUGUGUCUAUUUGAUUUUUUGAAUGGCAACGGCGAGAUUAUUCGAGUAUAACAACAACAAAAAUAUUUGUAAAAUAGUUUUUUCUCUUUAUUUUUUUUUAUUUUGAAUAAUAAAUUAAGUAUUAUAGGAAUGAAAA